UCUUUCUGAACAGUAAAUCUCUUGUAAAUACAGAUUCGAUUAAUCGUUAGUCGAGAACAGUGGCUUUUUAUUCCUCAUCUCCCAGCUCUGACACAGCGGUUGUUGGGCUCCAACAUAUUUGAUUGGACCCGCCAUCAACAGCCACUUCAUGAACGUCUAGAGAUGUUAAUCAUUGCUUACUUUUCUGUAGAGAUAUGAUGAUUUUAAACAAACAUAGCUUGUUACUUCAAAAGGGCAUACCAGGAGAGGCAGUGAUCAUCCGGAAUUUGAAGGAACGACAGCUGACAUAAUUAAUCAUUUAUUGUAUGCCGACGAGAAGAUAAACAUCAUGGACAGAGCAAGUUUUAAUGGUGGAGCUAAUGUCCAUAUCUAUUCAGCGAUUAUUAAUAGAUGGGUGCCACUGUCGACAUAAUUCAUCCACAAAUAGAGGCGCAUUCAUAAACUACUUUCACCCUAGGGAGGUGGCCACAAUGGAAUAAAAACUGCAUGACCACACUUUCAAAGCUCUUCUUAAAAGGGGAAAUGUCAACAUGUUCUCACGCAACACCUUGGUGCUAUGGUUUAUUGACUCAAAACCCUCGUGUGAGGCUAGUGCAAAAUAUACGAACUCAAUAGUCUGGUACUGGAUGACCUGACUAAACGCUCAGGUGCUGGUGUAAAUACUCUGGUGUUAGAUUUACGGACUCAACAGUCUAGUGAUAUGAUAUAUUGACUCUACACUCCGAUGCCAUGUGUACUUCACCUCAGAAUAUGUUGCUAGGUGUAUUGAUUCAACACUCGGGUGAAUCUAUCUCGAAAUCAAACUUAAAACCAUGGUGCAAGAUUUUUAGACUCAACGCUAAGGUGCUAUGUGUACGAACUCAACCCUCCGGUUCUAGCCUCACUGAAUCAAUACUUUAGGGGUACACUGUACAUUGACUCAACACCAUGUUCCUAGUUGCAUUGGUUCAACAGUCUGGUGUUAUGAUGUACUGAACGAACACUCUAGUGAUUCGUUUGCGGAAUUAUAUUAAAAAAAAACUCUUUAGCGCUAAUGUACUUACUCAAAACCCUAGCACUAGGUAAGAAUACUCUAUACUUUGCUGCUAGAUUUACCUACUCAAAAUUUACUCCGGUGCUAGAUUUACUAGUUCAAAACUCUAAUGUGAGGCUUACUAGCACAACACAACAAUUACGGAUUCGAAAUUGUCCAUUUUAGACACUUCCUUCUCUAAAGAAUAAGAGAACUUUGAAAAAAUAUGUUUGAUUUUUGUAAAUAUUAUUUUGUCUCUAAACUCAUUAUGCCUACAACGCAAAUCAUAAACCACUCCUAGAUAUUAAAUUGUUGAGUGUAGGGAGUGGUUUAAUUGUAUAUUCGUUCAAUUGCAACAUUCUAUUUCAGUCAGUGAUUGGAUUCUGGAGACAAGUGUUCGAUUUGAUUAUAUCAAACUACGGGAAGUGGUUGUCAUCGAAAUACCUGAAUCGAAAGUGCAGUACUAACACACCCACACAUUGUUUAGUAGAUUGAGUUUCGUUUUCAAGUGCUGAUGAAAAGGCAGGAAUCUAUCCGAUUCAAGAGAGUUCAUGGUACUUCAAGCUUGUUCAAAAGUGCAUCAAAGACACUUUGCGUGACAAACUAAGACUCAUCAUCGUCUAUUAAAUGAGCUUUCAAUUUCCUGCUUAUAGUUUGUGAAAUGACAAGUAUGUAACAUCCGGCGUUCGUGAUUAGUAAUAGUCAACGAACACAAUAUUGUGGGAAAAUGCAAUUAUAGCUCGUGUUUUAUGCUACGGAUAAUACAGUUGCCGUGUAUUUAUUUUGUAUUUAGACAAUAUAAUAGAGCUGCCAGAUCUUAACCAUGACUGGAACAACAGAGAGCAUGAUUUUGGAAAUGAACAGCGGGAAUGAGACGGCCAUAGAGGAAUCUUUUCGCCAGCCAACUUUUGCUGCCGUUAUCUUCAUCACCAUCGGUGUCGUCGGGACGAUCGGCAAUGCUCUGGUUUGCAUCGUGAUCGCGAGUACGCUGGCGUGGUCGAAAAGCGGUACGACCAAUCUUCUUAUCCUGAACCAAGCUUUCAUCGACUCCAUGACGUCGUUCAUUUUGAUUUUAUCUUACGCCUUGCCCGGCCCUGCAAUCCCCAAGGCAGGGGGAUGGUCGGAGUUCGUCUGUCGCAUGUGGGUGCCACACACCCUCCUCUGGAUGCUCUUCGUCGUGUCAACCUACAACCUCUGUAUGAUGUCUCUGGAACGGUACUUCGCCGUUGCCUAUCCAGUGAUCUACUCCACCCGCUUCAAGAAGCAAACGUCCCUCUUGAUGAUCCUCUUCUGCUGGACAAUAGCCCCUCUCCUGCACUAUUACUACCCUAUCGCCUACGACUACAAUGCCGGUGGGGUUUGCAAGAAGCGAGGUGACCCACGUGUGGUCGCGACCAUUGGAGUCUUGAUUUUCUGCUGGGAGUUUUUCAUCCCGUUCAUCAUCAUGGCAGUGGUGUACACUCGCAUCGUCUUUCUGCUUCGAAGGCAACACCGUCGGGUGCAGGCAUCAAACGCAAAUCCUGGUCCAUCAGAGCUGCGCAGCGGGCAACACGGGAUUCAAGCCCCAUCACAGCUUAAUAUCCAAGUCCCGCGGGAGCAGAACGUCAGCUCUAGACCGGAAGGUGCGUCAGGCCAUCACCAGGGGAAUUCGCCACAGCAGAGACGUCGCGCACCGUCGGAAACGGUUCGUCGUAACGUCACAGUCACACUCCUGGCCGUCUUUAUCAUGUAUGUUGUCUGCUGGAUGCCGAACCAUCUCACCUUCCUACAGUUCGGCUUAGGAGGCCCUCUCAACCUCUCUGGAGCAUGGUAUUACAUCACUCUCAUCCUGGCCUACCUUAACAUGAGUAUCAACCCUUUCAUCUACGCCCUCAAGUAUAAGCUCUUCAGGGAGGGGUUCAAGAGACUGUUCUGCAACAGGUGCUACAGCACCCAACCUGAAAGAAGAAAUUUUACAGAGCAUUCUAGCGUUCCACCGCGACCUAUUCCUACCGUGUCAGGUUCUAACAGAGGCCUUAUUAAUGCUGAAUAAACAAUACUAGAAUUAUACGAAUGAUUAUUUCAUUUACUACACGUCGUGUUUCAUUAUUGUGAAAAAUAUGAGUGUAGGGAUUAUUUGCCUACACAGCGCCCUCGAUCGUCUGUGAUCUCGCCUCACCCCGGAAUUUUUUUUUCGUCUUCAUUAUAUCAGUAGAUACGCAUGCAGAGAACAGCAGUUGACUUAAAAGUUGACAAAGCGUUUUGUUUUAGCGAAUUCAUUUACAGGCUUCGUAAAGUCCUUAUAAAAUUAUCAUGACAAAAAUGUAAAAAAAAGUAAUAUGAAUAAGUGUGUUUUACAUGAUGAAACGGCACCAAUUUUUUUUAAAAAUUAAAUGUUUUGAUUUUUGUUUUUGUUUUUUGUUUUGUGAAUUCACUCAAUUUCGGAGAGAAUUUCGGCACAUGUGUUCUUUGGAAUUCAAGGAAUAAGAGUGAAAAUCAUCGAUGAAUUUGAAGUCAGGAGCCAGGUGCACAGACAUAGUGCUCUCUAUCAUAAAACUUUUUUUUGGAAAUCCUUUUUUUUCUUCAAAAUCCUUAUUAUUGUACAGUCUGUAAAACGGCUGUUUGUGUGAUGCACUCGUACAUUUCUAUAUUAUUAUGAUUCGUUAAUUCCACCGUAAUGGACAAAUGUCUGUACUCCUAAUAUUGUCAAGGUUGUAGCAAAGUUUUUCUGGUAGUGUUAGGAUUAGGGUUGCACUUAGAUUUUAGACAACAACGGACAGAUCAUAUGAAAGAUUAUUGAAGAUGAUAGUUGAAAAUUAUUAUAUCAUAAGUCGUAUAGGUUCACGCUCUUCAUGGCAGGCGACAUAAUUAUUGCACUAAUCACCAUUGUUUGAAGUCCUGAUUCCUUUAUUGUACAUAUUAUGUAUAAUGUUACCGUACAGUGUUAUAGAAAGGUAAACAAAACAAUUGUGGCGACCAUUCACAAACCUUAUGGCCCGAAUUCACAAAGGAGGUUUGUCGACAAACCUAGGUUUAUGUGCGUCAUAUGACGCGUUUCGAUGCUUUCAGAAUAAGGUUCAGAAAAACCUUGGUUUGAAACACGUCAAAACGCGUCAUGUGACGCACAUAAACCUAGGUUUGUCUAUAAAUCUCCUUUGUGAAUUCGGGCAUGUAAGUUGUAAUUGCAUUUGACUCUAUCGCACAUAAGAUGUUCGACAGUAGAUGGUGACCUUCCUCCCAUACUGUUCAGGUCAGCACUAGCCUUUAAACAAGGCCACAUGUCUGAUAGACGCCGAGCGACUAAAAAGAGACUAAUCGCGAAAACCUGAGUGAACGCCAGUGCGAAUUGCCCAGACAAGUAGCCUUUAUCAAUCUGGUUUGGAUUUCUUAUGUUAACCUUUGUUUCCGACUGGAAUUCGCUUCCGAAAAGGGAGCAUUCAAUCAGCGAACGUAUCCUCGCACGACGUCAGCAUAUAGUAUCCAUCACACGCACACACACACACACACACACAGUAAACUGUGCGAACAUGGACCUACAUGCCUACUAUUAACUAUUACGUACGUGCUAAGACCACUGAAUUCUACAUGGAACGAAUCACGAACGAAGCCAACUGGGAGAUCGCCGUUCGGAUUGGUCAAUAAAUCCAAAGUUGGCGUAUUGGCAUGCUAAUAUGUAUCUAUGAAUAAUUCAUUCGGAGCAGUGAUAUCUACAUUGCAAAAGGCCUCGUGACGGUCGUCACUCGGUCGCGCGUUCACCCCGGGUAUCUAGACUCAUCUCAGCCGCUUAACCAGAGUCCCGAGGCCUUGUCAAAAGGCUAGGUCAGCACAUGCGUAGAUACGAUACUAAUAAGACAAGGUUUCUUCGGACUUCCAUUAAAUGUACAACAGUGUCAACUAAUUCCUUAUUUUACUUAAAGGGAGUGUAGCCUGACGAGACUAUGCGUGUCAAUCCCGUGGCCUGACUCGGGGCUAAUCGGGUAGAAUGCGACUACGGACGACGUGACCGUAGCAAUCGCGUGCGUGCAACAUACGCAAAACCAAAGCGUGAGGAUCGAACUUCGGCCUGUUUCGCGAGCGCUCACCACGUAGAGAUUAAGUCGCUGACUACCGUUAAUCAAGUUUAUUCGUUUACGUGCAGUUGUCCCAAAGAAGUCGUAGAUGGCGCUAACCAGCAUUUGCCAAGCUACACUCCCUUUAACUGUUUAGGUUUUAUGAACUCCUCCGACGAUUUGAUAAGAUAUAUGUAGGCACCACCAUAAUAUGCUUCUUAUAGUUUAUUAGUUCCGAAAGUUUAAUGUAUACAUUUCCAUUCCUCGACCCAUCCACACGUAUUUGUCAAGGAACCGGAAGUGCCUUAGCCAAAUAUAUUCAUGACCGGUGCUGCCCUUUAUGCACCGUAUGUAGUGCUAAUAGACGGUGUUUUGUUAAGGUUUAGGCUUAUGGAAUGAUGGAAAAUGUCUUCACAGUAUUUUCAGGUGCUUAGGGCGUUUUGGGGGUCUACAAUUUGAAACUGGGGUCUAUUUUACUGUAUCUAAAAAGGGGGUCAUGGACAGAUCAUAAAUGACUAAGUUGCAGGCAAAAGCCCUUGUGAUUCUUAAAGCAUAAUAGAAUGUAUGAACUAUAAAAUUGAGAGAAACUGUGUAGACUGCACCCCCAUAGACCUUGUAUAUCGAUGUGACACAUCCAGAUACUGACAGGGCUAGGCUCGGUCCAAGACUGUAUGGCUUUUCGUUCAAGUGCCAAGUUAGAGUCUGUGCCUGCUGAUUACCAAUUCAAAUUCUGAUCUUUUUUGCCAUUUCAUUCCAAAAUGUUGAAUUAAGUAUUUAUUCAAUAUUUUGUAAAAUAUUUUUAUCUGCACAUAGUCUUUCACUUCUUCGAAUUCUAUAUGUUAAACAUAAAAGUAUUUGACACAAUUCACUAUGACUAUCUUGAUUUCAAUGCUUGGUUAUUUACUUGUGAUCCUGUUUGUUGCUGCUAGCUUGUGACUAGCUGGAUCGGAUGGAGAAAGAAGAGGCCGUUUCGACUAAAACUUACCAGAAAGAUAGAUUUAAAAAAAAUAAAGAGAGAUAGAAUGAGAAAGAGA